AUGCCGCUUCGAGUCAACGUCCCUCCUGCGACGCGAGUGUUCCUCGUGAGCUUGCUCGCCUUUUCGUUCCUCUUCAAUAUCGCCAGAUGGCGCCAACUGGACACCUCCGCCGGCAGCCCCCAAACGACUCCCAUUAUUCCCUACCUGACCCUCGUCCCAUCACUAUUCUACAAAUACCCCUGGACUCUACUCGUGUCAACUUUCGUCGAACAGAACAUCUUCACUGUGCUCCUCAAUGCGGCCACGAUCUUCUACGGAGGCAAAUACCUCGAGCGCGCGUGGGGCUCUCGCGAAUUCAGCAAGUUCGUCGCGGCCGUCGCGCUGAUUCCGAAUGUCGUGAUCGUUCCCAUCUACCUGAUCUGGGCUGCGGCCGGAGGGUCCUCAAGCCGAAGUCUCACGCAGAUCUGCGGGGGUGUCUCUAUUCAAGGUGCCUUCCUCGUCGCAUUCAAGCAGCUUGUUCCCGAACAUACCGUCGCCAUCUUCAAGGGUCUGGUAAAAAUGCGCGUCAAGCACUUCCCCGCAAUCUUCCUGCUCCUCAAUACUCUCAGCGGCAUUAUCAUCGGAACCGACACUGCUGCAAUCCUGUCCUGGCUUGGCCUGUUGACCAGCUGGACAUAUUUGCGGUUCUACAAACGGCAGCCGGAUCUCACGGGUGCGUCUACCACUGGACUGGGUAUGAGGGGCGAUGCGAGCGAGACCUUUGCUUUUGCUUGCCUAUUCCCCGACGUGAUGCAGCCCCCGAUCGGCUUCGUGGCCGAUCAGGUUUAUGCGCUCCUGGUAGCCUCGAAAAUCCUCAGACCUUUUUCCGAAGAAGAUAUCGCAUCAGGCAACCAGCAAAUGCUGGCACGGGGUGAAGCCGGUCUACCUACGCUCCUCAACAAUCAGCGUGGCGGGGGAAGAGGCUGGGGCAAACGUGAAGAGGCAGAACGUCGACGGGCCUUGGCGCUCAAGGCCUUAGACCAAAGACUUGGAAAACAGACAGCUACGGUAGAACGUGCCCAGGCUGGUCCAUCUGCGAUCGUUGAGCCCACCAGCCAGUCGCCAGUUCCCUCGGCUAGUCCUGGACAAGGCAUGCUGGGCGAGACUAGCUACAACCCAGAUAACGCCUAG